AUGCUUCUCUUGCAUACCUCCAAUAUAAGCAGGGUUGGUGACAUUCACCGCUACACCUUAACAUAUGCUCCUCCUAUUGGUCGAACAGGGCCUCCUCCCACUGCCCUUUAUCUGCGCAUCAAGAACACCGCUCCCUUACCCUUCCGUGCGGCCUAUUUGCAUGGACCCUACACUCUCUACGUAUCUGUACGGCGAAAGGAGUUCCAGCCGUGGCAGUCAAGGACCCCCGGAACCCAAGGUCGCGAUGAGGAGUUGCGGGGUGAAGCAGACAGGAGCUCGGAGGGGGGGGUUGGUGAAGGGGGAAUUCCAGAGUUUGUUUUGGCCUGCGCCGGAAGGAAGGGGGAAGAAAUGGGCUAAUGGAGUGCGGUAGGUUUGACCCGCACUUGAAAGCCGGAGCUAGUUUUUACGCUACACUUCCGCUGCCAGCAGAGCUGAUAGAGGAUGCAUCACGGAAGUACGAUACCGACCUCGUUGGGUCAAGUGGGGAACGACAGAUGGUAGUUUACGACGUCAAGAGACGAACGAGUGUGACGUGGAUAGUCGAGGUGGUUUCUCAGGCCAUUUUCUCGGCCAACGCGAGUGUAAGCUUUGAGGUCCUUCUCGGCGAGGACGAGAAAUGCUUGAAUACUGGGUAUGGAUUUGGAUCCGGGAGCCCUUCACCGAGGCCUGAAUCUACGGGUAGCGGGGAUAGCGAAGUAUUGCAUAAAGCCUUACAUGUGAGAUUGCAAGGCACAAGAGACUUGUGGAAUAUUCCCGCUUUCCCGAGCUGGGGUGAUGAGGACGAGAUUCGAAGCGAGUUGGACCCAGAUGAGCAGGAUGAGGAGCGGGAACGGACCAGGGAGAACAGGCGGAAACGAAAGACCAAGAAGGUGCAUUUGGUGAUUGUCACCCAUGGACUUCACAGCAAUACAGGGGCAGAUAUGUUGUUUAUGAAAGAGGCUAUCGAUGAAGAGUACCGAAAAGGGGAAAUUGCUGCAAGGGAGAAGGCGGUGAGGGAAGGCACAGAGUUCAACGAAGAUGAUAGGGAGAUGGUUGUCGUGCGAGGAUUUCACGGAAACGUGUGUCGGACAGAGAGGGGAAUCAAGUUUCUGGGUCGGAGGCUGGCGAGAUAUGUGCUUAACCUAGUGAACCCAAACAGCCGCCCCCCAUCGCCCGUCCCCCACAAACUACAGAAACCUCGAAAACCGCAUCAUCACCCACAUCUAGAUGCCCCGCCCUCUCCGACUUUAGAAGACAUUCCGCCUUAUGAAAUCACUAGCAUCUCUUUUAUCGGGCAUUCGCUCGGGGGUCUUAUUCAGACGUAUGCAAUGGCAUACAUCCAUGCUUACUCGCCCAACUUCUUCAGCUUGCAUAAACCUAUCAAUUUUGUCGCCCUCGCAACCCCGUUCCUGGGCCUUUCCAAUGAGAACCCCAUAUAUGUCAAGUUUGCCCUGGAUUUUGGCCUGGUAGGACGCACUGGACAAGAUCUCGGGCUUACAUGGCGCGCGCCCUUUCCGUUACCCGCAUUUGCUAAGCCCUCCAGCCCUAAUGAAGCUGAUACCAGCAAGCCGUUACUGCGAAUACUACCAACAGGACCAGCCCAUGAUGUUUUGAAAAUGUUCAGGAAUCGAACAGUCUACGCAAAUGUGGUUAACGACGGGAUUGUUCCACUAAGAACUAGCUGUCUGUUAUUCCUGGAUUGGAAAGGCCUUGGCAAAGUUGAGAAGGCCCGUAGAGAGAACGGGGCAGUAGGUGGACUCGUUGAAUGGGGGUGGGGGCAAUUGACAAAUGGGACAGGGCGGGGGGUUAGCCCUCGGACAAGUGUGUAUGGUGCUGGGCCUUCAACUGGUAGCAGCCCCACAACCCCCUGGUUUAAUUAUGGUACUCGCAAAUCGGAACAAAAGGUCGAAGAAAAUCGUGUCGCUGAAGCGCCUAAGACUGCAGAGCCUCCGAGGAGGGAAACGGAGAGUGGAAUGUCGGCGAGCAGUUACGACUCUAGCGAGAGCUCUGCUACCAACUCUGCACCGAAUCCAUUCACUUCCAUUCUCGCCCUCUUUCGGCCUCAGACAGCCAAACGUAAGGGCAAGGAAAAGGCCACCCCGAAGAUUUAUCGUCGGAGUCAAACUAUCGACAUGGAACCUAACGUGAAACCUGGUUCCACUAUACCGGAACCACCCUCUCCGCCCUCUCCUGGUUUGCCCAUCUCACCCAAUCUUCUUGCCCCCCCGAGGACCUCGAUACUCGAAGCUGCCGGAGAUGUGUUGAACCCACCUCUACCGAGCCCCACUUUUAUAUUGGAUCCAAAUUCCCGGCCUCGCACGAUCUUCCAUGAUAGGAUAUACUCCGCAACCGACAUCCCGCCGCCGAGCCAAUCCAACCCCUUGAAAGCAGAAGAGAAAAUUGCAAGGGCAUACCACGCAGGAGUAAGCUGGCGAAAGGUGCUUGUAAGACUCGAGCCAGAUGCCCACAACAACCUCAUAGUCCGAAGGAUGUUUGCGAACGCCUAUGGAUGGCCAGUCGUCCAACAUCUUGCUGAAACCCACUUCGGUGCAUCCCACGCUGCAACUACUGAUGAUGCCCUCGAAAGCCACCAGGAUCAGGCGGAUAUUGCUGGAGACGAAGAUCUGGAAGUUGACGACGCAAGUCGGGUCGGGGGGCGUAAACGCAGCCAUACAGAAUCUUCGGCGCAGUGGUCUGACCGGGCAUUCCUGGCUUCAGACGACGAGGACGAGCCGCCUCAGACUGAGGAAAUACCUGCGUUCUUAGAAGCCUCCACUGCAACUACUCAGAGCAAAGCGCGUGAGCACAAAACUCCAUGUCCUGCAGAAGUUGCAAAGGUCUCCGUCCUUGCAUCCCCCAGCGAGGCGCCUGGUAGUCUAGGAGUCCUGGGGGCCGGUGGAGGAGUCGGGUUGGCCAGCAGUGACGCGGUGCGGAUGCUCAGAGGGAACGUCGAGGAGGGCGUUGCUGAGAGAGUUGCUAGACUAGGGUUUAAUUGA